ACCCACUCAAACUCCGCAAGGCGCAAAGCCCGUGGACCAGCCACGCACCCGCUCAUCCUCCCGCCUGGCCGCUUCCCUCCAAACUCCAAAGCACACGCGCGCGGCGCCUGCCAUGGCGGAGCGCCUCGCCGCCUCCCUCCUCCCCGCGGCCUCGCCGUCCCCGGCUCCCUCCCCGUCCGCGCGCCGCGCCGCCGCCGCGGCCUCCUUCCCCUCCUCAUGCUCCGCCCGCGCGGGGCUGCGCCUCCGCUCCCGCCCGUCCCUCUUCUCGCAGAAGGCGGCCGGGCACGGGCGCGGCGGCGGCGCGCUGCGGGUGGUCCGGUGCAUGGCGGCGUCGGACGCGGCGCAGCUCAAGAGCGCGCGGGAGGACAUCAAGGAGCUCCUCAAGACCACAUACUGCCACCCCAUCCUGGUCCGUCUGGGCUGGCAUGAUUCUGGUACCUAUGACAAGAAUAUUGAGGAGUGGCCACAGCGAGGUGGCGCUGAUGGAAGCUUAAGAUUUGACGCUGAGUUGAAGCAUGGAGCUAACGCUGGUCUCAUUAAUGCUUUGAAGCUUAUCCAACCGAUCAAGGACAAAUACCCAGGUAUCACUUACGCAGAUUUGUUCCAGUUGGCGAGUGCUACUGCAAUUGAGGAAGCUGGUGGCCCAAAAAUUCCAAUGAAAUAUGGACGGGUUGAUGUCACAACACCUGAGCAGUGUCCACCUGAGGGGAGGCUUCCUGAUGCUGGCCCUCGUGAUCCUGCUGAACACCUUAGGGAGGUAUUCUACAGAAUGGGCCUUGAUGACAAGGGAAUUGUUGCACUGUCCGGAGCACAUACGCUUGGAAGAUCAAGGCCUGACCGGAGUGGCUGGGGAAAGCCAGAAACAAAAUAUACUAAGGGUGGGCCUGGUGAACCUGGAGGGCAAUCAUGGACAGUUGAAUGGUUGAAGUUUGAUAACAGUUACUUCAAGGACAUAAAGGAACAAAGGGAUCAGGAUCUUCUAGUUUUGCCUACAGAUGCUGCAUUAUUUGAGGACCCAUCAUUCAAGGUAUAUGCGGAAAAAUAUGCAGAGGACCAGGAGGUAUUCUUUAAAGACUACGCUGAGGCUCAUGCUAAACUGAGCGACCUUGGGGCAAAGUUUGAUCCUCCUGAGGGAUUCUCACUGGACGAUGACACGAGCGCUGCACCAGCAGACGAAAAGAAGGAAGAAGCUGCGCCAACACCGGAACCAGCAGCAGCAACAGCACCAUCACCACCUACGCCGGCACCGGAACCAGCACCAGCAGCAGCACCUACACCGGAACCAGUAGCAGCAGCAGUCGCAGUCGCAACAGCAACAGUGGAUGAUAACAACGGCGCAGCACCACAGCCGGAGCCCUUCGUUGCUGCCAAGUACUCUUACAAUAAGAGGGAGCUGUCGGACUCGAUGAAGCAGAAGAUCAGGUCGGAGUACGAGGGAUUUGGAGGCAGCCCGGACAAGGCCCUGCAGUCCAACUACUUCCUCAACAUCAUGAUCCUGGUUGCAGGGUUGGCGUUCUUGUCGUCUCUGGUCAUGAACUGAGAACGUUAUGAUCCUGAAAUUUAAUUUACGAUUGUUCAUUACAAACAUAUGAACCGUAUACACGGCGUACUACCAAGUGAUUAGCAUCAGAGCUAUGUACCAAUCCACACAUGAUAUGGGUGGUGUAAACAGUUUUUGCGAAAGGAAUUCGGAAACUGCCAAUAAUUUAGAAACUAGAGAAAAAGGGAUGUGUAUAGCGAUCUGACUAUCACUAUCAGUACCUCCACACAUGAUAUAUAUACUGCGAAUGGAUGGAUGUGCA